AUGGCCACUCUCCCGGAGCAAAUCAAAAUCGACGACAUCACGUCGGGCCGCGUCGACCCGCAGGUCAUCUACGCCGAGCUCGAGCAUCUCAAAAGCGAGAUCAACAUACUUCGCAGCGACAUGUCGGUGUUUCUAAAGGCCUUGGCCACCAUUCCUGAGAGCCAGAGCCAGCAGGUGUACUACGACAAUUUGCUGGCCAAAGUGCUGACUAUCCGCCUGGAUAUCAAGGGUUUCUGUGCCCAGUACAACCGGCUUUUGCCCAUCAUCAAUUUGACCCAGAUCAAGUUGGGCCACGAGGUCGAGGUGCUGAGUGGCCUGUCCAAUGGCACCACCAAUGGCAAGGCAAACGUGCGACUCAGCGUCCCAAGACCCCAUCUGAUCCACGCACUCCCCGAAGCCACGAACAGGACCAGCAAAAACACCGAAACCCACAAUAAGUGCCUUUGA